AUGGGCGCUGAGGGCGGCAACACCACCUCCCACUGGAAGGAGCAGUGGGCCCUCUGGAACCGCGGCGACGUCGCCCGCCGCGACAACGGCUCCGUCGAGUUCACGCCCACCUCCGGCGGCGCCCUCGACUGGGGCAUCUCCUACGCCCAGGCCACCUGGAAGGACACCCGCUCCGCCAACGGCCGCCGCGUCAUGUGGGGCUGGGCCAACGAGGACAUCGCCUCCGACUACGCCUUCAACACCUCCAAGCAGCUCGGCUACCAGGGCGCCAUGAACCUGCCCGUCGAGCUCUUCGUCAAGGAGACCGCCGGCGUCCUCAACUGCGGCGAGCAGCAGGACGGCUCCCACUGCAUCGAGAGCUGCAACGGCUACACCGCGCAGACCCUCGGCCUGCGCCCUCUCCCGGACGUCAUCGCCCUCCUCCGCGAGGGCGCCGCCGAGCAGGACAUCGAGGUCGGCGAGCUCACCGACGCCUCCAAGUCCGUCGCCGCCGACCUCGGCUCCUCGUACGAGCUGACCGCCACCCUCUCCGGCGCGGACCUCCUCUCCGGGCCCGCGGGUAUCGUCGUCGCGCAGAGCCCCGACGACGCCGAGCGCACCACAAUCGUCUUCGACCCCGCCGCCUCCGAGAUCCGCGUCCUGCGCGACCGCAGCUCGCUGCUUCCCAACUUCAACAACGCCACCUUCGUCGGCCACUUCCAGCCGUACGAGAUCCACGCGAAGGGCAGCAACACCACCGCCACCGAGGACCUGACCUUUCAUGUUAUCCUCGACAACUCGCUGCUCGAGAUCUGGGUCAACGAGCGCUUUGCGCUGACAGCGCGCAUCUACCCCUCCCGCAACGACAGCACCGGCCUCAGCUUCUUUGCCGGUGAUGCCGCGCAGCCCAGCGGUGCGAAGGCGAGCUGGACGGACGUCAAGGUCUGGAAGGGCCUGGCGCAGGCCUGGCCUGAGAGGCCGGAAGACACCAGCGUUCCGUUGGUGUGGGACACCGCGGAGCAGACGAACAACUACACGUGGUGGGCAGGAUACUAA